ACAUAUGUCCAGGCCAGUGAUGAGAAAAAGGCAAUAUUUUUUCUUGCAACUAAUUGACUCGUCCUAUAAAGUCCAAGUACCAAAUAACUUAAUUUUACGGACACUUAAGUUAGGGUUCCGAAUAGCAGAUGUCAUCCAAAGAACGUUUUAAACCAAACGAAGGAGACUGGAUAUGCCCAGAUCCGAAGUGAGAUUUUAUUACAUUUUUUUAAAGACGUUACAAUUUAAUUCGUCUUUGAUCUAGCCUAAUCUAGGCUUAGUCUCUAGUCAUAGUUCACUAAAUCUUACACUUGCUACUUACACACACUCGACUACAGAAUUUUAUGAUUUUAAAUUGUUGACAUUGUCAUAGUUAAAUUUUGUGGUAUGAUUUGGCAUUCGAUUUGAUAUUCUAAUCGGUUAUCGUGAUGCAGCUGUUACACCCACCUUCUCUGUCGCUUGGUCUUACUUCUUACUCUUAGUAGUCUUAGUCUUUAUCUUUUUACUGUGCUGAUGUCUAGGACUACAGCUACAAGUACAAAUAUUAUUGACUCAUCUGGUCAAUAUUUUAGACUUUAUCAUUAUAUUAUGUCCCUUGACCUUAUGGUCAUGAAGGGUUUAAUUUAUCCAUCCAUCCCUGUGGCGCUACAGCCACAGCCCAUGUAGGGCAGGGCUUUGGCCUGCCUCACCACUUCCUUCCACUCAGACCUAACUAAUGCCUUUCUUUUCCAUGCUUGGACUUUCAGAUGCUUUUUCUACAUCAUCUAUCCACCUAAGCCUAGGUCUGCCUUUGAGCCUUUUUCCUCUGGGGUAUUAGUGAUGUACCCUCUUCGUUCUUCUGUCAUUUGGCAUUCUCUCUAGGUGUCCUGCCCAGCGUAGCCCUGCCUCUUUUUAUUUCUGCUAUUAUCGUGGGAUCCUGAUAGAGACUGUAUAAUUCAUGUUCGGUUCGCAUUCUCCAUCCAUAUUCAUCCUUUGUUGGGCCAUAUAUUUUCCUGAGAACUUUCCUCUCCCAUGUGUUUAAUAGGUUUUUUGCUGUUUUUGUUAGGGUCCAAGUUUCACUUGCACAUGUUACAACUGGUCUGAUUACAGUUUUAUAAAUAGUUUUCUUUGUUUCUCUUGUCAUGUUUUUACUUUUGAGUAUUUUCUGACUACUGAAGUAUGCACUGUUUCUGGCUAAUAUUCUAUCUUUUAUUUCUGUUAGUAAGUCGUUUCUUUCAUUUAACAAGGAUCCUAGGUAUUUGACUUGAUUUACUUUUUCAAAAGUCUGGUUUCUAAUUUUAAUUGCUUCAUCUGUUUGUUCUUCUCUUAUCAUGGACAUGUAUUUUGUUUUUUGGUUGUUAACUUCCAGCCCUGCUUGUAGAGAUGUGCCUUCUAAUUCAAUAAAGUACUUUUUCCUAGAAGUGCUAUGUCAUCAGCAAAUGCAAGAUACUGAAGUGGUUGGUUGUAGAGUGUGCCCGUUGGUUGUGGGUCUUGAGUUUCCCUCAGAAAGUACCCUGUUACCGUUCCUCGAGUGGCAAUGUGUAUGUUUGUCAUAACUCUCGCUAAUGUUAGGGUUUAAUUUGUAAAGUAAUAAAAACUUAACCUUUAAGUAAGUAUACUUUUAAUAAGAAAAUGCAGUUUAAGUCAUGUCAUUUAUGUCAAUCAGAGCAGUGAAAUUCUAUAGCCAAAAAGCAUUCACUAAUGGACUUAUCACUCAUCCAAAUAAGAACAAACCAUAUAACGUGCAAAAAAUAUGUGUUUGCAUACGUAGGGCUACAAUCAUGUGGAUAAUUUUAUUUUUAUUAAAAUGGGGGUGGGGGGUGGAUACAGGAUCCCGAAUCUAAAAAAUACCGGAACAUCAACCAUAACAGAUGCUCGGAAAAACUGGGAUUGGAUUUAGGAAAAAAAAAUUUCAGUUCACACGAUUUUUUCAAAUUUCUUUUUGAUCACACUAUUCUAUAUAAUAUAACAGUGUAAUGCAUUCAAAUAGAAAUUUGGGGCCGUCCAUUAAUUAUGAUAGGGGGCGGGGUUUGGAAAUGUUUAACAGUUGACAAUGGGGGGUUUGAUUCUACCAAAUUUCCGGUCUAUCAAAUUACCGUCGAUCAAUUUACCGUCGACGAAAUUUCUUUUGAUCAAAUUUCCGGUAACCAAAUUUAAUGUGUAAAUAUUUUUCUUCUUUGAUAAAAAACAGCUUAUAUUUAUAAUUUAUAUAUAACUAUGAAUUGUUUUCUUUACAGAUGUGGAAAUGUCAACUUUGCACGACGACCUGAAUGCAACAAAUGUGGAAAAAGUAUGUCGCAAGUAGUAAUAAUAUUGUUAAUUAGAUACAAGCUUUAUUGAUAGAACGGCUGGUUAUUUUUAAUUGGUUAUGGUAGAUGGCGCCAGUAACUUAUUAAUAAUUUGAUUAAUAAUAAGCCACUUAAUUUUUUUUUAAAUGUAACAUUUUUGUCUUGUAAUUUAUUGGUGGUAAGAGUUUUAUGCUUUUGGUAUUAAAAAGAUAUUGAUUUGUAUUGCUGUUAGUAUUAGUUGGAUUUAUUUUUGCACAUGACUUAAUACGGACAAUGAGUAUGAUCACAUUGAAAUAAACAGAUUUACUAGAGUUUCUGUCUCUUAAUACUGUUAUGUAUUAUAUAGACCCAUUGAUCUUUUUUUUUUACCAAUUAAUGGCAGUUAUCCAGCUCAGACAUUGUCAUAGAGACUGGCACUACAAGUUUAUUAAAUGAUCACCUCAAUUUAGACUUGACUAACACCUAAAAUUUUCCUGCGUUGCAUUUGAGAUUAAGAUUUUAGGAUUUUUGCAAUUUUUACUUUAAAAUGAUAAAAAAGUAGUCAAACUCAAUUAUUGUAACAGGCUUUUUUCAAAUAUUAUUAUGGCUUGACGUCCCUGCUUGUAAGUGAUUCUUUCAAAAAUAUUAGCUAAAACCAUCUGUGUCAAAGAAACAAUUGCGUAAAUAUUAUUCCAGACAGAAAAGAAGGCACUGUUUUCAAAAAAGGUGGAACUGAGAUUGGCAAGCAGUUGGCAGAAAAAAGCAAAGGGCUUUUUAGUGCAGAGGACUGGCAGUGUAAAAGGUUUUGAUACUUAUACUUUUAGUACUAUAAUGAACAAUUUGUUUCCUAUUUGUAUUUGAAAAUAAAUAGACACAUUUAAGUCAUAUUAACGCACACCUGAAUGGUUGCUACUAAUUGCUUCAAUCGGGGGUUCAGACCGAUGCCCCCUGUAACUUAGUGACACACCUCUCUCAUUUUAUGGAAAAACAGCAACCAAAUCACGCAUCUCUCGAGACUUCUGGUGAUGUCAUGAGUCUGUGUUUUUCCAUUUUAAAAACUGGAAGUUCUUAUCUUGUUUCAUUUUCAAUCUAUUUGUGCUUUAGUACGAUGCAUCUAUAUCUAGAAAUUGUUAAUUCGAGGUGAAAAAAUUGAUAUAAUUUGUUCCCCAUCCAUGUUAUAUUUUUUAUUAUACCUUAUCCAUUUUUGGAUGCAUUUAUAUUAAUUAAUAUUUAGCAGCUUUAAAAAAUAUUUUACAAGUGUAAGUCAGUUGCAAAAUGGAGUUACUUCGGUUGUCCUAGGUAUAUAAAUUGUUUAAGGAAGUAGCACUGCAGUCGGGAAUGAGUUAAUAUCUUAAACUUUAGGUAAUUGCUCCAGAAGAUCAAAUGAAUUAAUUUAUUGAAUUUGCAUGAAACAAAACAAAACAAACAAAUGUUAUCUUUGAUGUCAUUGUUACUAACACUAAUAGUAGCCACAUUUAUUGAUUUAUCAUAGCUGUGGCAAUGUGAACUGGGCUAGACGAAUGACCUGCAAUAUGUGUAAUGCUCCCAAGUAUGGCAGGGUGGAGCAGCGCACUGGCUUUGGUGGAGGUUACAUGGAAAGAGAUGAGGUUGUUGAAUAUAACAGACGAGAGGAAUCAGAUGAUGAGUAUGAUGAGGUAGGGCAUAGACUUUUAAAAUUUAUCUUUAAAUUCAACUUUUCUUUGUAAUAUCUCAGAGGCAGACAUGCUGUUAUUUUGACUCAGGAUUGCUAAAAUUCUUCGACUUGAGGUCACCAUUCUAUGAAAAGCCUAUUCACUAAGUUUUUAAAAAUACUGUUAAUGUUGUCUUUUGCAGUUUGGAAGGAAAAAGAAAAAAUUCAGGCGUUCAAGAAAUAGUACAGAUGAAAUUAGCAAUGGAAGUGGAAGCAAAACAAAUACUGGUGAACGGGAGGUGGCGCAGGGGGAAGAGGAUGAUGAUGAUGAUGAUGAUGGUGAUAUAUCUAAAUACAAGCUAGAUUCUGAUGAGGUUAGAUUUUAAACAAGAAUGUUAUCUCUAUUGAUCAAGCACUAUUUAUUCAUGGUCUCAGAAUAAAAGAUCUAUAUUAUUUGUUUAGGGGUAGUGUUAUUUCCGAAAUGAAAUCAGAAACCUACCUAAAUUAAAUUAAUUAAUCUCUCAAUUAGCACAAAAAUCAAAUAAGAUGCUCAAAUUAUCUUUAUUCUUUUUAAAAAUAUUAGAUUAUCAAUAGCUAUAUUAACAUUAUUUAUUGCUGUAUUUUAGAUUGAUAGCAUUCAGCUUUAUAAAGGAAUGAAUUAAAUUUAUUGCAGAAAUUUGACCUAAAAUGAAAUAAGGAAAUGUUUCUAAUACUCUUGUCAAUUUGAAUUUUUUUUUUUUUACACUUAGGAGGAAGAAGAUCAAGGAGACAUAUCCAAAUAUCAAUUGGACAGUGAUGAUGAGGACAAGAAAAAAAUUGAUUCUAGCUCUUCUUCUCAUAAGAAUUCUACAUAUCGUUCAUCAAGUUCCAGUUCCUCUAGCUCUAGCUCUGCUUCACGCUCAAGAUCCAGAUCAGUCAAGUCCAAGAAAUCUAGUUCAAGAUCUAGGUCCCAAUCAGAUUCUGGACAAUCUAGAUCUAGUAGCAGACAGUCGCGGUCUGGCAGUAGGAAACGAUCUCGGUCAAGCAGUCAGAAGCGAUCUCGUUCAGGCAGUCCGAAGCGAUCUCGUUCAGGCAGUCCGAAGCGAUCUCCGCCAGGCAGUCAAAAACGAUCACAUUCAAGAAGUAGAAAGCGAAGAUCACGUUCAGACAGCCGAAAACGUCGGUCCAGGUCCAGGUAAAACCAGGGUAUAUGGUAACAACUCUAGGUAACAGAUACAAGGUCAAUAUCCAUUUUAUUUACUUGUGUAUUUCUGUAUUGGGAGGUUGUCAUAUUUUACUGUUUCAGAAAUUUACUGUUUUUCUAAAAAUUCCUGUUGGUGUAUCCAUGUUUUGUUCCUUUCAAUUUCAAGACUACUUUAAUGUGUAUGUCAAUUUAUAUCAUUGUUGCAGUUGAAACUUACUGCUCUAUCUGUGUUUAAUGGUUAAUUUUGAUAUCUUAAGAUUAUAAAAUGCUUCAUUAUUAUAAAAACAAGAAAUGGCAUAAGCAACAUUGGAUCAAAUUCAGCUGUGAUGGAAUGAUAAAGUCUCAUUCAAUAACUAGAUUCUCAGAUACUGGUCAGAUGUUAACUGUUUUCUUUUCCAACUUUGAAUGACGCAAAGGGUAGGCAUAUGUCGAUUUGACUUAAAACUACAUUCCGGUACAAUAGAACUUCAACUUUCUAAAUGAUCUUUAAUGACGUAUAAUUUUAUAUAAAGUAAAUGCUGUUUUAAAAAAAUUUGUUUUAGCCUUACUUCUUUGCAAUAAAGAAGAAAAAUAUAACAAACUUUUGAGUUAAUUGAUAUUUAACAUUUCUUUCUUUAGGUAAGUUUUAAACCAUUACUUUUCAAUGAAAUGACAAAAAUAAUAUAAUUUUGGUCUUAUUUGUAAGCAGACAGUAGACCACUGAAGGUGCCCUUUUCUUGCUUUAUCUUUUUAAAAUAUGAGUGUCAUCCAUUGUAUAUUUUGUUAGUUUUACAAGGGUGCAGUAUUUUGUACUGUAAAUAGCAUGAAACAUGAACUUGUUCUUUAUUUGAUAAAUUAUUUUUUAAUAGGUCUAGAGACCGGGAUUUAAAAAGAGGCCAUCGAGAAAAAUCAAGCAUCUCAAAGUCAAGGUCACGAUCUCCAGUCUCCGGCUCCAAACGGUCGAGGUUUGAUUUAGGGUUGAAUGGCUAAUGCGAUGUGGUCAAUCUAUAGGGAAUUGUUGCUUGACAUUGUCACUGAGCAAUAUCACAUGAUACUAAUUUAAUUAAGAUAAAAGGGAAUAAUUUAAAAAUAUGUUAAUC